CCAUAUGCUGGCAGGGUUGAGCACGUGAUCAAAACACAAAUGGCAGCCUCCGCUGUAGUCCGCUCGAGCGUGGGGCUGACUUUCAGACUUUCGCGAGUUUUACCGGACUGUAGCACUUGUCCUUUAUCUAGGUUAAAGCAGUGCACGGCUCAUCUACAGAAGAAAAACUGCGUGGACACCUUUCGUACCAUCAAUCGAUUUGUGCAGACGAGUGUAGGUUCAUACCACAGUGAGGAAGGCAGCACAGAUGAAGAGAACCAAGACAAUGUGGUCAAUGUGGUGUAUGUUGACCGGUCUGGCCAAAGGAUCCCAGUUAGAGCCAAAGUGGGAGACAAUAUUUUGUACUUGGCUCACAAGAAUGGAAUCGAACUAGAAGGGGCGUGUGAGGCAUCAUUGGCCUGUUCAACAUGUCACGUGUAUGUAAGCAGCGACUAUUUAGACAAACUGCCCGAACCACUUGAGAGGGAGGAUGACAUGUUGGACAUGGCUCCCAUGCUCCAGGAGAACUCCCGGCUAGGGUGCCAGAUCAUUCUCACCCCAGAGCUGGAGGGCAUGGAGGUGACUUUACCCAAAGUCACGAGGAACUUCUAUGUGGACGGACAUGUUCCCAAACCUCAUUGAGCAGACACACUAAUGGUGAAGGUCGGAUUGAGAGGGGCCGGCUCAGCAAACGAGAAGUCAUGCUCGGAAGGGAGCAGGUUACCUGUGGAGAAAUCUACAGCUUGAGAAGUCUGUAGGCACCGCCCGGAAGAUCUUGACUGAUCAGAUAAUAACAGUUUACUGAGGUGGGCCUGCAGACCUUGGCAGAAUUCAAUGAACUCGAUGGUUACUUACACAUAAUGUCUUUUCAUUUAUGUGUGAUGUGCUCGGGCCAGCAUUGAGACAGCGCACAAUUUCACAAUUAUUAUUAUUAUUUU